AUGAAGGAAGAAAUCCUAAUACAUCUAAAUAUCGUACAUGGUGCGAUAUGGGGAGCCCUCGCGAGGAAGGGUCUAAUAGAGCUAACAAGUUUUGAUGGCACAUACCUAGGAGGUGUUGUUUGGGCGAAUUUCGUCGCUUGUUUUGUCAUUGCAUCAGUCCAAAAGUUCAAUAAAGGGCUGUUCUUUGUAGGUAUAACAACGGGGUUUUGUGGUACCUUAUCGUCAUUUCUGUCGCUUAUACUAGAGUCAUUUGAAUUGGGUGCUAAUUACAACCAUUUGAGCUACCCUACUGUAGGAUAUGGAGUCUUACAGGUUAUUACAGUGAUAAUAAGUCAACUUGGAGUUUCUAUUUUUGGUUAUCAUUUGGGAGUCCACCUGCAAUUCAAGUUGAACACACCCCAAUAUGUGACAUAUCUAAGUGCAUUGAUGGGAUUACUUCUAUUCGUCGCCACAGUGGUACUCUUAGGUACAUAUGUGCCAUGGAGAGAAUGGAUGUUCAGUUGUUUAUUUGCACCUUUCGGGGCUUUAAUGCGUUACUACUUGGCCAAAUUGAAUAAUAGACCUUUCCCUGUGGGAACAUUCAUCGCCAACAUAUUCGGUACUACAAUGCUUGCCGUUUUCACGUUACUUUCCAUGUCACAUAAUAAUACUACUAGAAUCAUCAACACUGUAAUUGGUUGUCAAGCAUUGAUAGGUGCGGGCGAUGGGUUUUGUGGUGGCCUAACAACCAUCAGCACGUUCGUAGCGGAGAUGUUCAAACUUCCCGUAAGCAUGAAAUACAAGUAUGGGAGUAUCUCGGUUGUUAUCAGUUUUUGUAUUGUUUUAGUCAUUUUAGGAAGCUACCACUGGACUCAAGGUCUUGUUACACCUGUAUGCCAACUUUGA